CAACGUCUGUGAAUUUUGAUAUUGCUAGCUAUGAGUUUGAGGAAGUCCAGUGGUGAUGAUGAUGAUGUUGCUGCGAAAAUAGACCGAAAAGGAAAGUUAUUUAACGAUACUGUCUGGAGGACAAAGUAUACCUGUCAGUCCUGUAACAGUAUGUUACUUCAAAUACUGCUGGGCUUCCUGUGUGGCGUCCGAGCUCUGGCCACAGAAAACAACACAGCUCAACAGGGUCCUCCGCCACUGCUGCUGGUGUCAUUCGAUGGUUUCCGAGCAGACUACUUGAAGAGGUUCCCCAUGCCGAACCUGAAGCUCCUGUACAGUCAAGGGGUCCUGGUGGAGCAGCUCACCAACGUCUUCAUCACCAAGACGUUUCCCAACCACUACAGCCUGGUAACAGGGCUGUAUGCUGAGUCUCACGGUAUUCUGUCCAACAACAUGUACGACCCCGUCAGCCACAAGAACUUCCACGUUGGCGAUGGCAAUGACACCGACCCGGCGUGGUGGAGUGAGGCGCAGCCCCUCUGGCUCACUGCGCUGGACUCCGGCUACAAGACGGCGGCCAUUAUGUGGCCCGGCUGUAAUGUGGCCAUCCGCAACCGCACAGCGUCACAUUUCCUUUCAUACAACUCUAAAGUGACAUUCCAGCAACGACUGGGGAUCGUGACAAAGUUGAUGUUGGGAGACGAAAAGGAGCAAGGGGUGAUGUUCGCAGCUCUCUACUGGGAAGAGCCAGACCGGUCAGGUCACUUAUUCGGCCCGGACAACGUCACUGCCAUGAGCCGUGCGCUGAAGGAGGUUGACGACAACAUAGGCCUGCUGAUUUCCGAGCUGAAGCGGACCGGCCUCUGGGGUCGCGUCAACAUCCUGCUAACCAGUGACCACGGCAUGGCUCAGUGCUCGGCCGAGCGCCUCAUACGGCUGGACGACUGUCUCCACCCCGACAGCUACACACUGGUGGACCUCUCACCUGUCACAGCCCUCAUCCCACAUAAAGACCCAGAGGCCAUCUUCACCCUGCUGAAUAAGUGCCACGCCCAUAUGACAGCCUAUUUGAAAUCAGCCAUCCCUGAUAGGCUGCACUACCGGAACAAUGAGCGCAUCCAGCCAAUCAUACUGAUUGCUGACGAAGGCUGGACUAUAGUGCAGCGAGGGAAGCUGCCGAGAUUGGGCGAUCACGGCUACGACAACUCCCUGUCCAGCAUGCACCCUUUCAUGGCAGCGUCGGGGCCCAGCUUUCGUCAGGGUUAUCAAAUCAGCAGUUUAGAGAGCGUGGACAUUUACCCACUCAUGUGCCGCCUGCUGUCGGUGCCCCCACAGCCCAACAACGGCACGCUGAUCCAGGCUAGGUGCCUGCUGGCUGCUGAGAACUGCUGGGAUGCCCCUCUGGUGAUCGGCCUGGUGGUGGGCGUCCUACUGGUACUCAGUGCAAUCACUGUUCUGUUCAGGUUGCUGAGCCGACGCCGCUCGUCAGGCCCCCGGCCCUUCCAGAGGCUACAGGUUGACUACGAUGACGAUGACGACGACGACCCCCUGUUGGAGUAGACCAGUCCGAGCCGGUUACUCCACACUAAUCUGUGUCACCUGUUUGUGCUCAAAGAGUUACUUUAAAUGUUGCACUUUACUCACAGAGGCCGCUGCCCUAGCUUUCACUCUGGCCUGUGUGUGCGCUGUAUGUGUGUUGUUCACGUACACACACGCAAUACAGAGACCUUUGAGACCUACUGUCAAACGUCUAUUAAUAGUGAAUACUAUUGUCACUGACUUUCCGUAAUGCUACUGUUUUAAAAAAAAAAAAAUCCUGUUACAAUAGACUUGAACAUGUGACAAGAAGCCAGUGAUGUUUUGAAUGUAACUUGUUGUGAGGAAAUAUUUAAGUCUAUUUUAGAUUAAUAAUUUCAUUCUGGGAAAUCUUCUGACUUGAAAGAUUUAUUUUGUAUUUUUCUGCAGGAAUUGUGUUUAUAGAAUACUUUAUUUUGUCUGUAUUCUAUUUAUUUUUUCUGUAUUUGUGGUGUUACAUUUUGUCAGAAGAGGGAGCCAGUAGCUCAUUUAAGAUUCAUAUGUAUUUCACUGAGAUCCUGUGUGUCUUGAGCAGGAAAGCUUUUAAGAUUUUGGAAUUCUCUUGAUUGUAUUCUUGUGUGUACUGUUACCGUUUUGGUUUGUUUGUUACACUGAUACCCGAGUCUGAAGUAAACAAUGCUUUAAAUGUC